AUGCCAAAGUCAAAAGUCUCAAUAUCGAACACGCAACGACAAUUCACUGCGUCAUCUUCAAUGUCAAGUUACUAUAUUGCCAAUGGUAUACCACCUUUAUCUGUUAUACCAACGCAUCUGGAGCUAUCGAAUCAAGUAAGAAACGUAUUGGCAAGACAGAUUGCUGCUGCUGUUGAAGAUGUACUGGACAGUAUGAUGCAUGAAGAAACCGAGGAUAUUCAUUGGCAUGAAAAGAUGCGGAAGGAUGGAAUCGUCUACUAUGAAGACAAGGAGAGCGUGACGAAGGAUCAGACACGAUUUUGCUGCGUCAAUAUCACGGACGCUUCUGUCCAAGACGUCAUUAGCCUGUUUGUUGUGUCCGAUACAGACACGCUACUGCAGCGAUGUCGUAUCAUGUACGACAACAUUUUGGACGCCCGGAUUCUUAACAUGCUGGAACACCCAUCGGACGAACGUCCGUUGCGUUCGUCCUACAUACGCUACACUGCAUUUAAGGCAAGAACACUGCAACGUAACCAUCGCGAUAUGUACGUCGUCGUGUCCACCGACGUCAUCCAAUGUACGGACGGAUCAACGUUUGGCUAUUGCGUCUGGGACUCACUUAAUCUACCUGAUGUGUCCCAGUUGGAUGUACCACAUGGUUUCAUUCGAACUCGCAUGUUUCGUUCAGGAUACUUUGUGCAAAACACAGGGCUACCUGAUGCCCAGACUAAAGUAGCUUACAUUGUAGGUAUUGAGGCGGGUGGACUAGCCCCACGACUUACGACUCGAUACUACAUGCCCCGAUUUGGAGAGGUUCUCAGCCGAGUUAUUGCCCAUUUCUAUCGGAGACAGCUUGACCCCCUCGACAUUCGUACGUCAGUCCGAAUGGGCCGAUAA